AUGAUGCAAUCCAGUCCGUUGAGGUACCACCACUCCCAGUCAGAAUCGAGCGUAGAUGAAAGAGAGGAAGGGGAGGACGGUGAGACGGGUACUGAGGGGACAGAGGGGACGGAUGGGGAGGAGUCAGAAGGCAUAGGGGGAAGUGAGGAUGGGAUGAGUGGAGGGGAGGGGUGGCAGCGGCGGCAGCAGCAGCAGCAGCGACGAAGGCAGGGAAGAAUGCGCGCCGAGCAACUGUAUGUAGAAAUCCCCCCUGAAGAGGGAGGGGGAGCGGACGAUUUGCCCCUCCCCACGCCUAGCGACGGCGGAAGCAGCAGCACGCGCAGCGUAGGCGGGGGAGGCGGAUUCCGGGGACUUGGGGGGCUCGGGGGGUUCGGGGGAUCAGGGGGAGCGGGUGCGGAAAGGCCCACAGGGAACCCCCCGUUGCCCAAAUAUGCUUCCCCGCGGCGCAGAAAGAUUACGGUUAAGGGGAUGCCGAGUCCUAGGCGGAAGGAAGGUACUGGCGGAGCGGGAGGCGCGGGGGGAGGGGGGAAGGGCGGAAGCAGCGCGCGCAUGCUGUCCCGGAUGCUGCAUGGGGCGGGGGCAGGGGGGUUGUUCGGGGGGAAAGGCGGAGGUGCGGGGGAGGGAGGCGGAGGCGCAGGGGGAGGCAAAGGCGGGGAUCAAAACAGUCAGAAACUAGUCAUAGAAGGCCCGGAUAGGUUCAAUCUACUGCUGCUAGAGGAAGGGGAGUACUAUUUUAAGGACUACGCGUGUAAUUAUUACCCCAACGGCGGCACGCAGCGGGUGCAGGGGCACCUGAAGCUGUGCAGUGGGUCGAUAUUCUUUGUGCCCAAGAGCACUCUGGAACCUGUGUUCCGCAUUCCCUUUGGCUGCGUGUCGGCUGUUGACAGUAUGUGGAUACGGGUUCCAGAGCACCUGAAGCUGUGCAGCGGGUCGAUAUUGUUUGUGCCCAAGAGCACUCUGGAGCCCGUGUUCCGCAUUCCCUUUGGCUGCGUGUCCGCUGUUGACAGGUAG